UACCGCUUUGACAUUUUGCCAUGUGUUCCCAUUAUUAUACGUUUAAUGCUGGUUCUUGUUGAUAACUAGGUAGUUGGAAAUUUUAUCGGUUGCGUUUCGGGUGAAUAUCACUAGCUUGGUUUACUUUUGAAAAUAAAAGGUGUAUGGUUCUCCUUCACAAAAUGCCCAUUCGCAAAAAAAUUAAAAUCAGCUCAGCGAAACGUGGCCACCAUGAGAAACAUAAGAAAAACUUUGGUGUGUCCAGUAACACAAUCCAAAAGGCAAAUCGAAGCCGGGGAGAUAAAGUUAACAUCUUCAGUAAAAAAAGCAAGGCAAUCCGGCCAGCUAGUUUGGUACAGAAAAAAUCUAACGUAAACAAAGGUUUUUCCACCACUAAGUCCCAUGAAGUUGAUAUUGACGAUAUUGGCGAUAUGAUUGACGAUGUUUCUGAUACAUUGGUUAGAUCUCCAGACACAAGUGUCGAAUCGGUUGUUGAAGCAAACAAUAUUUCAUCGAAACAAGGCGGUUUCAAAAAAAGUACCGAACAAAUUGAAGAUGAAUAUCAAAUCCAGGCUCAGAACAAGCACAACUUUGUGGGUGAGAGAAAAGCUCUUCUUCCUAUUAAAACUAAAAAGGGUGGCAUCAUCAAUCGGAAUGCUGAGGUAAUUGAACAUAAGCCCCCGAUAACGAAACAAGAAUCUUCUCCAUCAACGACAACUAUGGACAAUAAAACAGAAACAAUAUCUGCAAUAGAAAAAACUGAAGUUAAAACAACCGAUUUGUUGCUGGAACGAUGCGAGGACAUUGAAAAACAAAAGUAUAUGAUCGGCUACACCUGCGCGUCGAUUGUGGAAAACCCAGAAUUGAAGAUUAAUAACCUUGCACUACUAUUAGAUCAAAUUACUGAAACAAACCUAAACGGAAAGGCGAACAUGUUUGUCAUUCGAAAGUUAGCCAUUAUUUCGUUGGUAGAAGUCUUCAAAGACAUUGUACCCGAAUAUAGGCUUGGAAUUGUUGAUUCAAGUUCACAAAAAAUAAAGAAAACUACAAUGGCACGCAUCAACUAUGAGAAAGAACUGUUACAGCAAUACAAGAAAUUUCUCGUACAGUGCGAGCAAUUUACUCAAAUUUUGCACCGUGCUAACGGAAAACGGGAUCAAUCAUCAGCGGAAAAACUGCAAAUAGCCGAAAUUGCGGUGCAAUGUAUCUGUGACUUGCUAGUUGCACAUCCAUAUUUCAACUUUAGCAUGAACAAAGCACAAAUGCUUGUACCGCUACUAAACAAUGAUCGAGAGGAUAUUCGUAAAAAAGUUUACACGUGUUUUGUCGCAAUAUUUAAGGUUGAUAACCGAUUCGAUAUAAGUAUACACAUCGUACGCCAUAUCAACCAGUUGGUGAAAAAGAAACAACAUGCUGUACACUCUGAUGUCGUAGCGUGUCUCAAAUAUUUGCAAAUAAAAGAUAUUAAUGUCGAUGCUGAAAAGGAACAUGAAUUGAAGUUGAAAAAACUUGAAGCGAAAAAAUCACGUGUAAUUAACUUGUCCAAGCAGGAGCGUAAGCGCAAAAAGAAACUGAAAGAGUUGGAAAAGGAGCUGUUUGAAACUAAAGCCGAAGAAAACAGUCAAGUUAAGCUAAAAAAGUCGACCGAACUUUCGAAGCUGGUGUUUAUAAUUUUCUUCCGGAUUCUGAAGACCGCUCCGAAAUCAAAACUCCUGAGCGUCACACUGGAAGGGCUUUCGAAGUUUGCACACACAAUUAAUAUCGAUUUUUUUUCGGACUUGAUCGAUGUGCUAGAUAAUCUUCUGGUUCAUGGAGAUCUCGGCUAUCGAGAACAGUUACACUGUAUUAAAACGGUCUUUACUAUUCUAAAAGGACAGGGUGAAAUUCUAAACAUUGACCCUGCGCGUUUUUAUACACACUUGUACAAGAAUCUGUUGAGUGUUCAUGCUGGCAAAACUCACGAUGAUUUGGAACCAAUCCUUACUACAUUGGACAGUGUCCUUCUGAAGCGCCGAAACAAUAUCACUUAUCAUCGUUAUUUGGCGUUUAUUAAAAGAAUAUCUACGAUGACCCUGCAGCUGUUACACUAUGGAGCCCUCGGAUGUCUCGGUGUUAUAAAAAUGGGGUUUGUAUUGAACUCCUCGUUGGAUGUUCUGCUGGACACAGAGUGCGCGGUAGGAUCAGGCAAAUACGACCCAGAGGUAGAAGAACCGGAAUUCAGUAAUGCGAGCUCUACCAAUUUGUUCGAAUUAGCAGCACUGCAAAGACACUAUCAUCCUAAUGUCAGAAGACUGGCCUGCAACAUCGCUAACAACGUACCGAGCUCUGGACCAGGCAUGCUUCCCCCAACAUUGAGCAAACUAACUCCACUAGAAUUGUACGUUAGACAUGAUAGCACCAAAAUGGCAUUUAAUCCUGCUAUUCCUGCUCCCCAAAAAGAUAAAAAUCUAAAUAGCAAAGUACAUAUGUUUGCUGAUUCAGAACUUGAAAUGAUUUGUUCUCGCGCACAGCGAACUCCUUGUAAAGGGUCAGAAUUCAAUUUUUUGGGCAAGUCAUCGUAAAGAUAAAUAAAUAAAAUAAGCGAUAA